AUGGCGGAGGUAGUUAACUUACCUCCUGAAUCUCACGACCGAUCUCCCACCACUGCUGCUCCUCCUUCUCCUCCUCAACCUCCUCCAGCCGACGAUGAUCUCCCACCUCCACCUCUCCCUCGUCGGAGAGAUUUUCGUGACGACAGGGAUUUCGAUCGCCGUCCCUUCCGCGGUGGCAGAGGUGGCCGAGGUGGUUACUUCAACCGUGACAGAGAUUUCAAGCGCCGUCGCAGUCCUAGCCCUAAUUUCCGCGACCGCCGCUAUUCUCCUCCUCCUCAGCAGUCUCGACGUUCACCUCCUCCGUUUAAGAGAUCCAGAAGGGGUAGCCCGCAUAGACCCAACGACAGGUUUGGCUAUGAUCACUUUGGUGGCUAUGAAAGGGGAGGGGGUGGAAGGGCUGGUUAUACAGAUGAUAGACCUGUUGGCAGGUUUCCACAUCGAUCUGCAGGGGGGUACCAAAACGGAAUUUCUGAUCUAGAUGCCGCUCGUGGUUAUGCCGAUGGGCCAAGUGGAGGUGCUCGGAGAGAGGGAUUGAUGUCCUAUAAGCAAUUCAUUCAGGAGCUUGAGGAUGAUAUACUGCCAUCAGAAGCGGAGCGUAGAUACCAAGAGUACAAAUCAGAGUAUAUUACUACCCAAAAAAGAGCUUACUUCAAUGCUCACAAAGAUGAGGAGUGGUUGAAAGAUAAAUAUCAUCCUACAAAUUUACUUCCAGUUAUUGAAAGGAGGAAUGAAAAUGCUCGGCGUCUGGCAAAGGAUUUUUUGCUUGAUUUGCAAAGUGGAACACUGGACAUAAAUCCAGGUUUAACCUCUGUAUCCACUAGAUCAGAGCAAGCAAGUGAGCCAAAUUCAGAGGAGGAAACAGAUGCCGGUGGCAAACGAAGAAGACAUGGUAGGGGAUCUAAUAAGGAUAAUGAUUUCUCUGCUGCUCCAAAAGCUCACCCUGUGAGUUCUGAACCUAGAAGGAUACAAGCAGAGAUUCAACAGGUUCAGGCUGUUGUUCGGAAGCUUGACAAGGAAAAAGGGAUUGAAGAUAAUAUUUUAUGCACCAAUGAUCAUAGCAAAAAUGGUGAUAAGGCUCACAGUGGAUCUGUGGGUCCUGUAAUAAUUAUUCGUGGCCUAACAUCUAUUAAGGGCUUAGAAGGCGUUGAGCUGCUGGACACACUGAUAACAUAUCUUUGGCGGAUUCAUGGUGUAGAUUAUUAUGGAAUGCUGGAGACUAACGAUGCCAAGGGUUUUAGGCAUGUGAGGCCAGAAGGAGCAAGGCAUGAAGAAACAGGUAAAUCGGGGUCAGAAUGGGAGAAAAAGCUUGAUUCAUUUUGGCAGAGAAGGUUGGAAGGCCAGGAUCCCUUGGAAGUAAGGACUGCAAAGGAGAAGAUAGAUGCUGCAGCAGCUGACAUGUUGGAUCCAUAUGUUAGAAAGAUUAGGGAUGAAAAGUAUGGAUGGAAAUAUGGAUGUGGAGCCAAGGGUUGCACAAAGCUUUUUCAUGCGGUUGAGUUUGUGUACAAACAUCUCAAGCUAAAACAUCCAGAGCUUGUGUUGGAACUAACUUCAAAAUUGCGUGAAGAUCUUUAUUUUCAAAAUUACAUGAAUGAUCCUGAUGCUCCUGGUGGAACCCCUAUCAUGCAGCAAUCUCAGAAGGACAAGCCUUUAAAGCGCAGAUUACUGGAUGGCCGAUUGAAAGAUGAUCGUGGGAAUCAGCGAGACCAGGAUAGGAGUGACCGAACAAAUGGAGAUAGACCUGACAGUUCUCCAUCCCAUGAAAGGCGGUUGGGAGGCCGUGAUGAAACUAUGUUUGAUGCAUAUGGAGGGCCUGCUGUACCUCAAUUCUCCUCAGAUAUGCACCCUCCUCCUUCAGUUUUGAUGCCUGUACCUGGUGCCGGGCCUCUGGGACCCUUCGUUCCUGCUCCACCAGAAGUUGCGAUGCAGAUGUUUAGGGAUCAAGGACCAUCUUCAUUUGAUACCUCAGGGAUGACUAUGCGUUCUGGUCCUCAAAUAGGGGGACAGACCUCUAUGAUUGCUGUUCCUCCAGCCUUUAGACCUGAUCCUCGACGGAUGCGAAGCUAUCAAGAUUUGGAUGCCCCUGAAGAAGAAGUUACUGUUAUUGAUUAUCGGAGCUUGUAA